CUAAAAAAAGUCUUUUUUAACCGCUUCUUCGCUGUAGUAUUGGCCAGUAUAGAAUCAAAGUAUCUUGCAGUGAAAAAUCUAUUGUAAAGCUUGAAUCGCAAGAAUCGCAAACAAGGAAUCAACGGAAAGUUCAUUAAACAGGCAGGUAAAAGAGGAAUUCACACAGCUGUUAACAGAAUGGCUCAAUUGAAAAUAGCAAUUAUUGGCCAGUCACAAUUUGGCCUCGAAGUGUACAAGAAACUACGUCUCAAAGGACACGAAAUUGUUGGUGUCUUUACAAUUCCUGAUGUAAACGGAAAGCCUGACAUCUUGGCUUCAGGAGCAGAGGAAGAUGGUGUUAAAGUUUAUAAAUUCCCUCGCUGGAGACUAAAGGGACAACCACUUGAAAAUGUUUUCAAUGAGUACAAGGAGUGCGGAGCUGAAUUAAAUGUUAUGCCGUUCUGUAGUCAAUUCAUCCCGAUGAAUGUCAUCGAUUUCCCAAAACAUGGCUCGAUUAUUUACCAUCCUUCGUUGUUACCCAGACAUCGGGGAGCUUCGGCGAUCAAUUGGACUCUAAUGGAAGGUGACAAAAAGGGCGGAUUUACAGUAUUUUGGGCUGACGAUGGUCUGGAUACUGGACCAAUCUUGCUACAAAAGAGUGUUGAUGUUGAUCGUAAUGAUACUGUCGAUACUCUUUACAAUAGAUUCCUGUAUCCUGAGGGAAUUAAAGGAAUGGUUGAAGCAGUAGAGAUGAUUGCAAAAGGUACAGCUCCGCGUAUCGUCCAACCUGAGGAGGGUGCAACAUAUGACAAAAUAUGGAAAAAGAAAGAUGUUGCAAAGAUCAACUGGGGACUAACAGCAAAGGGACUGCAUAACUUUAUACGUGGUAAUGAUAAACUGCCUGGAGCUUGGGCGACUAUUAAUGGAGAGCAAGUAACAUUCUUUGGUUCAUCACUUGGGCCAAGAAAGAGAGUUCCAACUGGUGAGGAGUAUUACAUUGAUGGCAAAGAGAAACCUGCCAUAGUUCACAAAGAUGGUAUGACUUUGUUUGGUUCAGAUGGAAAAAUGGUUACUGUCAAAACACUCCAGCUUGCUGAUGGCAGAAUGGUAUCUGCAUCUAAAUACGGACAAGAGGAAGAAGAAGUAGCUGCUUUAGAGCUCACCGAUGAUGAAAAAGAAAUCCAAGAAAAAUUGAAGACAAUAUGGGAAGGCAUUCUAUCUAAUCCAGAUAUCAAUGAAGAGACUGACUUUUUCAAGGCUGGAGCAGGGUCUAUGGAUGUUGCAAGACUUGUCGAAGAAAUUAAGCAGAAAUGUCAUGUUGUUUUAGAAGCAGAAGAAGUUUACUUGAACACUGGAUUUGCUGCAUUCUCAAGAUUGACAAUUUUGAGAUCAAGAGGAGAAGGAAAGGAGGAAUUCACUUGUAAAACUCUUGACGUUGAUGUAAAUGACAUGACAAUUCACAUGCCAUAUCAGCUAUUCAUUGAUGGCGAGUUUGUGGACGCCAUUCAUGGGAAGACAUUUGAUGCUAUAAAUCCAAGUGAUGGAUCGGUUUUAGCAAAAGUUUGUCUUUCUUCUAAAGAAGAUGUGGACAAAGCUGUUGAAGCAGCACGCGUUGCAUUUGAAGAAGGCCCUUGGGGUACUAUGAAUGCAAGAGACAGAGGAAAGCUUAUGAGCAGACUUGCAGAUUUAAUGGAAGAGCAUACAGAGGAGUUGGCCACUAUUGAAACCCUUGAUUCUGGAGCUGUGUACACUCUGGCUCUUAAAACCCACAUUGGAAUGUCCAUUGAUACCUUUAGAUACUUUGCUGGAUGGUGUGAUAAGAUACAGGGUCUAACCAUUCCAGUCAACAAUGCCAAACCCAACAAGAAUCUGUGUUAUACCAAGAGGGAACCAAUUGGAGUUUGUGGUUUAAUUGUACCUUGGAAUUAUCCUCUCAUGAUGCUGGCAUGGAAGAUGGGACCACUUCUUGCUGCAGGGAACACUGUUGUACUUAAACCAGCACAAGUGACUUCUAUGACUGCAUUGAAGUUUGCUGAGCUGGCUGCAAAAGCUGGCUUUCCCAAAGGAGUCAUUAACAUUGUUCCUGGUUCUGGUUCCGUGGUGGGAAAUCGUAUCUGUGAUCACCCUGACAUUCGUAAGGUUGGCUUUACUGGUUCCACUCCAGUAGGAAAGGCAAUUAUGGAGAGCUGUGCCACCAGUAACCUUAAAAAGUGUUCUCUUGAGUUGGGCGGCAAGUCUCCCUUGAUCAUCUUCAAUGAUUGCGAUAUGGAAAGAGCUGUCAGACAGGGAAUGAUGGCUUGUUUGUUUAACAAAGGAGAAAACUGUAUAGCUGCAGGUCGGCUGUUUGUUGAAGAAUCAAUCCAUGAUGAAUUUGUUGAACGAUUGAUUGAGGAAGUCAAAAAGUUAAAGAUUGGAGACCCACUGGACCGAGCGACAGAUCAUGGCCCACAGAAUCACAAAGCACAUCUGGAUUCUCUGAUUGACUUUGUUAAGAGAGGUGUAGAUGAAGGUGCAAACCUUGUGUACGGCGGUCGUCACAUGACUGAAAUGCCAGGAUAUUUCUUUGAGCCUGCAAUAUUCACUGAUGUUGAAGACGAGAUGUUCAUCGCUAAGGAAGAGUCCUUUGGUCCAAUCAUUAUCAUAUCAAAGUUUGAUGAUGGUGAUGUCGAGGGAGUAUUGGAGAGUGCUAAUGAUACUGAAUAUGGAUUGGCAUCAGGUGUUUUCUCAAGAGACAUAAGCAAGGCCCUUCGAGUUGCAGACUCUCUUCAGGCUGGGACAUGUUUCGUGAAUACCUACAACAAAACGGACGUUGCUGCUCCAUUUGGUGGAUUCAAACAAUCUGGCUUUGGGAAAGACCUUGGAAUGGAGGCUCUCAACGAGUAUUUGAAGACUAAAGUCGUUACUGUAGAAUAUUAAAAACUGACUUUCUGGAUUGACAACGAAGAAGCUACCAAAACCUGACUACAGACCAUAAAUGUAUAAGUUGUACAGUCAACUCUCGUCUUUCGGACACCCCGCUAUAACGGACACCUUGAUAUUGCGGACAGUAAAAUGCUAAACUCCCGGCAAAAAAUACAAGGAAAUGACCGAAAGUAACUCCAGUUAUUACAGUAUCUCGCUACUGCGGACACUAAAUUAAGGUCCCGAGGGUGUCCGUAAUAGCGAGAGUUGACUGUACAAGGUGUUUACGCACCUCUGUAGAUGUUCCUUGUAACGAGACUGAAAAUCGCUAUUGUUGAUUAAUAUAUCAAUGAGGUACAAGAGUAUAUUUUGUGCUUGAGUGCAGUUAUGUUAUAUACUUUGCUAUUAAGCUUGAUAUUUCUAAGGUUAUGUACGGUUCCAUGAACCGGUUUUAGAGCGCAUGUCCGAAGUGGACCAAUAUAGUGUUAUUACUCUACAAUUUAUCAUAUAUGCCAAAAAUAUCACCAAAAUCAGAUUUAUCUGCCAUUGGAAGUUUCCUGCGUCGGAGUAAAAGAAUAAAUUAAAAUUUGUAUCAAAACGUUUGCUAUACAUGCACCUUACGAAAGUUUUGUUUUAGUUCUGACUAGUACAUAUACAUCAAAGUAAAUACUAUACACUAGUUCAGUUUUAUAACUCGAGGUUUAUUGUUUUUACAGCACUAAUUAGGUAAUAUAUUGCCACAAAUAGUAUACGAAUAUCAAAGAGUAUUGCAAUAAACAUUGUUAUAUAAUAAUGUC